AUGCCCGAUCUCGUGCACCGCCACAGACUCCAGAUCCACCGCCGAGAACGGCGACCCGCCGAGAAAAUCCCCGUCCACCACCCAGCUCUCGUCGCCGUCCAGGUGGCACCUCCCCGCCGGCGGCGAGAACGCUACCCCGUCGAACGGCUCCCCGUCACCGUGCUCCCCCGUGAAAAACCCGAUCCGGAUGUCCGCCCGGCCGCCGGCCGCCGCCUCGACGAACGACAGCGUGGAAACCUCCGACCACCGUUCGAAAGCCCGGGCGAAGACCGCCCGGACCUGGUCCGACAGCCGGUUCGCCGGAUCGAAGGCGUAAGUCAGCUCGCUCCGGCCGGGGGGCCACCGCGGCCGGUUUGGGAAGAAGGAGUAGUGGGCCACCGUGGAGUUGGAGGCGCGUCCGCCGCCGCGGCGCAUGGUGGAGGUGCCGUUGACGACGUCGGGGUUUCCGCAUCUGGGUUGAUGGCUACAGCUUGGUUAUUUAUGAAGAGCUCAUUGAAUCAAGGUGCUUAA